GCCCAAACGUGUCGUAUUCAGGUUCGCGAUCGUGUCGUGGUCCGAGAUUAAGUGAACUUGGGGAAUAUUUCGCGAUCCUGCUUGGCUCAGAUGGUAUUGUUUGCGGUACAGCUCGAGCAGGAACAGUCGAACAUGAGAAGGAAGGCCCAGGAAGGCAGGCUGACCGAUUCCUGCCAAGUGCAUAGGAUGCAUUUGGCGGACGCAGUAAGUACAGGAUUUUCGUAUUGAGCGAUUUCUGCGUUUCUUCUUCGAUCAGCUGAUAGUGGAGUAAAUCCACAAGUCUCUCUGAAUUGAGAACAUUAGUGUAUUGUGAAGGUUGCUAUGCUGCUUCAUCGGUUCUAGGUCAUUGUCGAGUUCUUGGAAGAAGUGACGUCAUCCUUUUCUCUCCCUGCGUCUGAAUAUAAGUGAAGAUGUGUGCUUCUAUGUUUGAUUGUUUGAGUGAAUUUAGUUUAUAUUUGGUGCCAGUAAAAUUAAGACAAAAGAUGAAGUGCUCCUUACGUCAAAUUAUCUCCAAAACUCUGAAUCUGUUUAAUGACGCCUAAACGACUACAAAAAGGCAACGAACCUAUCUUCCUCGACCAAAUUUGAACACGAGAGGCGACGUUAUGAUUUCCCUAAACAAUAUCUAUGAUCAAGAAUACAAUAUCGAAUGUGCUCGCGCAUUGCCAGGACCCAGUAGGAAUGAUAUGACUUCUAAUAUCUCAACAUUAUAUACAUUGGCAAUCACAACACAUUAUAAUAUGAAUCAUUCUAAACGUGGUAGAGCUUUAAUCUUUUUUGAUGAACAAAGCUCUGUUGCAGAUUAUUUUAGUAAGUACAAUUUGAAUGAAAAUGUGGAUUGCGUAAUGCUUGAUAAUACACUAAGACAUCUCGGAUUUAAUGUAUGCUGCUAUAAUUCUAAUGAUAAUAAUAUAAUAAAAAUACUAAAAGAAGUUGCAAACGAGGAUCAUUCUGGAAAUGAUUGUUUGAUGAUAGUUAUAUUAUACUACGGCACAUGCGAAUAUGUCUGUUCGCGCGAAAUUUGUGAAAUAGAACGUUUCUGUAAUCACUUUACUGCCGGUAAAUGUCCAACUCUAUUCGGAAAACCUAAACUAUUUUUUAUUCAAAUUUGCCAAUUUGGUGAACAUGUCGAGAGAGUUCAUCUCGUAGAAGAUAAUCCAAACGGAUUAUCAGACUCAUUUCGUAUUGAAGCUGACUUUUUGUUUGUCUUCACAUUUAUAAUAGAUUGUCCUUAUUGGCUCGUUAACCGCCACACACUUUUUAUGGAAAACUUGUGCGCUCAAUUAACCACAAAUGAUACAAAUUGCAGUUUGUUAACUUUGUUGACAUUGGUAUGCCAGUUAAUUACAAAAAUCGUUAAGUUGGGCUUCGUAAAGAAUUGUUGUUUGAAUAAGAAAGAAAGGUUUCCAUGCAUAAAUUUCUAUGCUUACAUGCUUGGUACAAUUUACUCCAAAAAAAUUUCAAUAAUAAUUGGUCAUUUGUAUCACACUGACACACAUAUUACCGGUCGAUAUGAGUUUACUCUUUACUCUAAUCAAGAAAUUCAUAUAUAUUCCUACUUAUGGUGAUAAUUCGAACCGAGAAUGUCGAAUUAAAAAAAAACAUUAAUAAAAUUUACUGUAAUGCAGCAUAAUCUUUUUACGAAAAUGAAGUAUUGAUAUGUGAAUUUGUCAUAAGCGAAAUAUUGCAAACAUUACGAAAAAACAUUUAUAUCAUUUUCCUUUGUCGAAAGAAAUCUUUAAUAAUAAAGUAAAGAGAAAUUUUUAAUAAUAUAAUAUACAUAUAAUAAUAUACAAUAAAUUCCUUUAUUUAGCAUAUGAUACGUUUGAACCGAGAGUAUAUCUAUUCCAAAAAUGAAAGCUUUACUAACAUUUAUUGUAAUGCAACUUAAGCUUUUAACAAAAAUGGUAGAGGUAUAUGUGCAUAUAUGUAAAUUUGUAUAAAAUAUGAGCAAAACAUUGCAAACA